UAUUUUCAAACGCUCCUUUCCCUCUUCUCUCUCCACUCUCUUCACUCUGAUGAACAAACCCAGAAAGAAGCCCUAAGAUUUCUCUCUCGCAGCAGUGUUAUCCCCCAAACUUGUACUGAAUUACAUUACACUAACUCCGCCGAUGCAAGACUUCAUAGGGUCCGUCAGGCGAUCCCUGGUUUUCAAGCCCUCGGGAGAAGAACCUGCCGGGUUUGGUGGAUUCGUGGAGAAAAUCGGGUCGAGCAUCCGUAAAUCGCGAAUCGGACUCUUUGCGAAGCCGCCGGUUCACGCACUGCCUCCAAUUGUGACGCCGCAAAGAAAUCCGGUGAAGGCGGCGCGGAUGAUGGAGGAGGAGGAGCCGCUGCCUCCAAUGGAAGAAGCCGACGUGGGAGAGGAGGCGGGUGUGGUUGCAGAUAGGAAUGACUUAAUGCCGGCGUCAAAAGCAGGGAGAGAAGAAGAAUCCAAGAAGAAGAAGGAGGUUUCACUGCCGCCGCCAAUCCGGUGGAGGAAGGGGGAGUUGAUUGGGUGCGGCGCCUUUGGGAGGGUUUACAUGGGGAUGAAUCUUGAUUCGGGUGAAUUGCUGGCUGUCAAAGAGGUUGCAAUUUCUGCCAACAGUGCUUCGAAGAAAACACAAGAGUAUAUCAGGGAGCUUGAGAAAGAAGUGAAUCUAUUGAAAAAUCUCUCUCAUCCAAAUAUUGUGAGAUACUUGGGAACUGCAAGAGAAGAGGAUUCAUUGAAUAUAUUGCUGGAAUUUGUCCCAGGAGGAUCCAUCUCAUCUCUCUUGGGAAAAUUUGGGUCUUUUCCAGAAUCUGUAAUUAGAAUGUACACAAAACAAUUGUUGAUUGGGCUGGAAUACCUGCACAAGAACAAAAUUAUGCACAGGGACAUCAAGGGAGCAAAUAUUCUUGUCGACAAUAAGGCAUGCAUUAAACUUGCUGAUUUUGGAGCAUCCAAAAAAGUUGAGGCAUUGGCUACUGUUACUGGUGCUAAGUCAAUGAAGGGUACUCCAUAUUGGAUGGCUCCUGAAGUUAUUGUUCAGAGUGGACAUAGCUACUCUGCGGAUAUAUGGAGUGUUGGAUGCACUGUUAUUGAAAUGGCUACUGGAAAGGCUCCUUGGAGUCAGCAAUAUCAGGAGGUUGCUGCUCUCUUUUAUGUUGGGACAACUAAAUCUCAUCCACCGAUACCAGAGCAUCUUUCUGCUGAAGCAAAGGACUUUUUGUUGAAAUGUCUACAGAAGGAGCCUGACCUGAGGCCCACAGCAUCUGAGUUGUUAAAGCAUCCAUUUGUUACUGGAGAAUGUCGGCAAUCCUAUGUCAUGCUUCGCUCUUCGCUUGUGAGGGACGGUUCUGGAAAGCGGAUGGCAGAUAUUGGGGUUGAUAUCAAGAAGUCAAUGAACCUAGAGGCGAAGCGGUCGUGCAAUGGUCUGAAGGAUGUUGUUGAUUUUGGUGGUCCCAGAUGCUCGACUAUUCAUCCUGAGCGACUCUCAGAAAGAGGAUCGCUUUGGCAACCUGUCAAUUUUGAUGAUGACAUAUGUCGAAUUGAUGAUGAUGAUCUUGUGCUUGGUGCAUCUAUGAAAUUCAUGCCAACUGCUGUUUCUAGUGAUUGUAAUCAGAGUUUUAAUCCUAUGUGUGAACCUAAUGAUCAUUGGCCAUGCAAGUUUGAUGAAAGUCCAGAGUUAAAUAAAAGUGGAACAGUGUCGCUUCUGAACCAAACUAUUGAUUCUGGAGAUAGGUCUUUUGCUUCUGCUGAGGUUGAUUGUGGAUUCACGUUUCCAAGAGGGCAGUCAGGAUCAGAGGAUGAUGAUGAAGUAACUGAAUCAAAGAUUAGAGCAUUUCUUGAUGAAAAGGCUUUCGAACUGAAGAAGCUGCAAACACCUCUAUAUGAAUUCUACAAUUCUUUGAAUGUUGCUGGGCCCCCAAGUCCUGUUGGGACUGGGAACAAGGAAAAUGCUUCAAAUAAUUGCAACUUACCCCCUAAAAGUAGGUCGCCCACUAGGGUGGGUAACAGAAGAUUUUCUGCUGCGAUUGAUGUUGAGUACAGCUCAAGUCCCCAGAGUUGUUCAAGACGUGUAUCAAAUAUUGGCAAUGUAAACCAUCAAGCUUCUCAGGAUGUUAAAGAGCUGCUUCUUGAUUCUCAGCGGGAGCCACUUACUCCAAGCUCUCGGUUCAGCGAAAUACAGAAAAAAUGGAAAGAAGAACUUGAUGAAGAGCUUGAAAGGACCAGAGAACUCAUGCGUCUAGCAGGUGCAAGUGCAGCUAAAACAUCAUCUCCAAAGGAUCGGAUGUUGAAUCGCCACAGAGAUCGAUUAAGGUUUGCAUCUCCUGGGAAAUAAAUUUGGGAAGACAAUGCCUUGUGCAGAUCAAGAAACUGGACUCCGUUAACUCGAGUGAGAAUUUACUGAAUGGAUUCCUAUGCCUGUGAGUAAAUCGACUUUUUUUGCUCUGCUCCUGGUAUAAUUAUAUCCCGUUUUCUCACUAGAGUUGUGCAUACCUCUCCUGGUUGGCAAGUUUCAUUUUGUGAUAUAACGAAUGUGCUGGCCACAACGUCAUGUGUGAAGUCAUGCGGUCAACUCCUCUCUCAAGCUUAAAGUUUUGGAUUGAUGUUCAAAAAGAAGUACACAAGCUAGG